GAGUCCGGAUGGAGGACUCGGACUCGGCCGCCAAGCAGCUGGGCCUGGCCGAGGCGGCGGCGGUGGCGGCCGCGGCCGCUGUGGCGGCGGCGGCCGCGGCCGCGGCGGGAGGCGAGGCGGAGGAGCCGGUGCUCAGCAGGGACGAGGACUCGGAGGAGGACGGAGACUCCGAGGCAGAGCGCGAGACGCGGCGGGUGACGGCCGUGGCGGUGAUGGCCGCCGAGCCCGGGCACAUGGACAUGGGCGCCGAGGCCCUGCCCGGCCCCGACGAGGCCGCCGCGGCCGCAGCCUUCGCAGAGGUGACCACUGUGACCGUGGCCAACGUGGGUGCCUCCGCAGACAAUGUCUUCACCACGUCCGUGGCGAACGCCGCCUCCCUCUCGGGACACGUUCUGUCUGGCAGGACGGCACUGCAGAUCGGGGACAGCCUAAACACCGAGAAGGCCACGCUGAUUGUGGUGCACACGGAUGGGAGCAUCGUGGAGACGUCAGGGCUGAAGGGGCCGGCCGCUCCUCUCACCCCAGGCCCUCAGUGCCCUGCGAGUCCUGCAGCUCCCGGCCAGGACAGAGGCGGGACCAAGUAUAACUGGGACCCGUCGGUGUAUGACAGCGAGCUGCCCGUGCGCUGCCGCAACAUCAGCGGGACCCUGUUCAAGAGCAGGCUGGGCUCAGGAGGCCGGGGCCGGUGCAUCAAGCAGGGCGAGAACUGGUACAGCCCCACGGAGUUCGAAGCCAUGGCAGGACGAGCCAGCAGCAAAGACUGGAAAAGGAGCAUCCGCUAUGCGGGCAGGCCGCUGCAGUGCCUCAUUCAGGACGGGAUCCUAAACCCUCAUGCUGCCUCUUGCACCUGUGCCGCAUGCUGUGACGACAUGACCUUGAGUGGUCCGGUCAGGCUCUUUGUCCCCUACAAAAGGCGCAAGAAGGAGAACGAGCUGCCCACAACCCCCGUGAAGAAGGAGCCCCCCAAGAACAUCACGCUGCUUCCCGCCACGGCUGCCACUGCCUUCACCGUGACCCCCUCAGGACAGAUCACUACCUCGGGCGCGCUGACCUUUGACCGGGCAUCCACAGUGGAGGCUACCGCCGUCAUCUCUGAGAGCCCAGCCCAGGGCGACGUCUUCGCGGGAGCCACGGUGCAAGAGGCAGGUGUGCAGCCCCCGUGCAGGGUCGGCCAUCCGGAGCCCCACUACCCCGGCUACCAGGACAGCUGUCAGAUCGCGCCGUUUCCAGAAGCUGCGUUGCCAACGUCUCAUCCCAAAAUAGUGCUGACCUCCCUGCCGGCCUUGGCGGUCCCCCCCUCCACCCCCACCAAAGCCGUGUCCCCCGCCGUGGUGAAUGGGCUGGAAAUGUCCGAGCAGCGGAGCUGGCUGUACCUGGAGGAGAUGGUCAACUCCCUGCUGAGUACGGCGCAGCAGCUCAAGACACUGUUUGAACAGGCCAAGCAGGCCAGCUCGUACCGGGAAGCCGCCGUGGCCCAGGCCCGAGUCCAGGCGGAUACAGAGCGCAAGGAGCAGUCCUGUGUCAACUGUGGCCGGGAGGCCCUGAGCGAGUGCACCGGCUGCCACAAAGUCAACUACUGCUCGACCUUCUGCCAGCGCAAGGACUGGAAGGACCACCAGCACAUGUGCGGCCAGUCGGCGGCCGUCACUGUCCAGGCGGACGAGGUCCAUGUCACAGACAGCGUGAUGGAGAAGGUCACCGUGUGAGCUGCGGGUCCCUCCACAGUGCCGCGGGGCUGCCGCAGGUCAGGGACCUCGGGGGACGUUAAGGAGAAGAAAACACUUGCUGGUCAAGUUGUUAACAGACUUUUAGUGACUGCGCCGUCGGCAAUGAGCUCCCGCCGCCCGGAAGCCCGAGGGAGGCCGGGGCAGCGGCUGGUGGACGCAGGCCCCAGCCCUCGGCGCCUUCUCACGGUGCUCUUUUUUAUCGCCUGGAUCGUGAGCAUCUGGUCUCACCCCGGUGUGUCGUGUGCUGUGACACACGUGUACAUAACGUGUCUGUCAAUAAAGCUGCCGUGACUCCGGCACCAGCUUCCUGGGUGCCCAGCAGGUUGGGAGGGCCUCGGGUCGGGUUCUCCUGACCCUGCGGUUUGGAGGUCGCAGCCCCCAGGCGUGGGGCCCGCCGGAGCGUCCUCCCUGUGGCCAAGGCGGGAGCUCGGCAUGGGCACCACCCCAGGCGCGUGGGCCGCUCCUGUCCCAUCCCUGAAGCAUCGGCACCAGGUUGGACCCCAGGGCGCUCGGGGGCCGGCACAUUUGGGCCCUGGGAACAGGACCUGCCUCCCUGCUGACCAGCACUGGCGCCCGAGGACCAGUCCCCCACGUUCCGGAAGCUUCUGUUUCUGGAAAUGCCCUUGUGGCUGUGGAACGCCUGACCCGCCGUCUCCCUGUUUCCCUGGCUCUCCCAAGGCUCGGAGCGAAGAAGGCAAGACCCCCGUGAAGAGACGCACGUCCGUGGGUGGGCAAGCCGGCAGCCGCCAGGACCCUCUGCAACGUCGCUUGGUUCCACGCUGGCCUCAAGUUUCUGUGAGCCGUAUGCUCGGAGGUCGCCCCCAGCCUGGCACCCUCCCUGGACUCCUACUUCCAGAAAGUUCCAAGUCUGCAGAACCCUGGAGCCUUGGCUCUGGGACACGGCCACGGCAGGGGCUGAGGGGGCCCGGGGCGUGGUAGGAAGGGGGUGUGAGUGCCCAUAGGGCCUGGGCCAGCCCCCGCUCCCAGCUCUGUGGACCACGCAGCUUCUCGGGGUUUUCCUUUCCCAAGUGUAACACAUACCCGAGCCCUGUGCCCGCCGCCACCUCCCGGAGCUGAAGGCCGAGAAGUCUGCGUGGGGCCCGGGCUGAGGACGGGCGAUGGGGCACUCACCAUCCCCCCGCGGGGCGCCCUCCUCAGCGCACGCCUGGGGGUCCGUUCCCACAGGUGGAACAAGCCGGAGGGGGGCACCUCGCAGCUCUUGGCGGGUCCCCGGGUCCCCGGUGCGCUGAGCGUCGGGACGGCAGGGAGAGGACCGCGGGGGACCCACACGUCUGGAAAUGCUCCAAACAUGGACCGCCGGGCCGUCCCCACCCUGGGGGCACUGGCGCUCCUCCUGGCGCUGGGGGCCCUGGCGGGGGGCGGGGGUCCAGAUCUCAGCUCAGCCAGGGCAUCAUCUCAGGGUCAUGAGCGCAAGCCCUGCCUCGGCCUCCGCGCAGAGCAUGGAGCUACUUGAAAUAAAAGGAUGGAGCCCUCAGGACUGCACGUUCUGGGGACAGUUUUCUAAA